AUGUUAAUGAGAACCAGCAGACGCUUUACAGUACCAACUGGAUUGCGAAUUUCCAAACGCCUUUCUUAUAGUCGGUUUUUUAACUCCCAAUGUUCUGCGAAAGUUAGCUUCUGGGGUGUCUCCAGAUCUUCGAUCCCAAUCAUGACUGCUGCGCUAGGGAUGGGACUCACAGGAGUGGGGUUCUGGCUGUGGCAGCAACCGCAUUUGAUUGGGAAUGACGCGGGUCCUAUUGAGGACGGCAAUGAAUCAGUGAAAGUUGACAAUUCAGUUGCACCAUUUCCAACACAGUUGGGUCCUCCUGAUUUCCCUCUCACGACUUCCUAUACCCUUUUAGGCUUUGGUACCCGCUCAGUUACUUUCGUAAACUUCAAAGUUUACGCCCUGGGACUAUAUGUGGCAAAGCAGGAUUUAGCGUUAAUAUCACAAAUCCUCAGCACCAAUUAUUUGUCGCAAGCGUUUGUCGACACUGAUGCUUCAAAAAGCCAUUCUGAAAACAUUGAGCUGGCUUUUAGAGAUCCAGUGAAGUCACGAACACUUGUUGGCAAUCUCAUCGACGGUGGGGUGCGAAUGACGGCCAAAAUAACGCCCAUCAGGAACACUGAUUUCAACCAUCUCAGAGAGGGCCUAAUAAAGUCUAUUCUGAACCAUCCGGACGCAAAGAGCAACCAGGAAGUAGUAUCGAAAGGGAUCCAACAAUUGAAAGAUGCUUUCAUCAGAAAGGGUUCCGUUCCCAAAAAUGACGAUCUGCUCAUUGAGCUACAAGUUAAUGGCUCAUUACAGCUAGCCUACCGUUCUCGGAAAUCUGGGGAACAGGUGAUGCUAGGUCGUGUGGACGAGCCGCUUAUAGGGAGACUUCUUUUUAGUCAAUACCUCAGCGGACCAAAACCUCUAAGUUCUUCCGCAAGGGACUCCUUUGUGUCCAAAGUUAAAUUAUUAGUAUGA